AUGUCGGGGGCCGAAGUUAUUGUCCCUAUCACCCUCUUCUGCGCCAAGUUAUUCAUGAAGCUCGGGGGUGACUUUCUGGAAAUCAACUAUGAUGCAGAAGCCUUCCUCAUGAUCGAGCGCAACGUCGCAGACGACAUCGAAGAUGCUCUGAUGUUCCACCGAAAGCUUAUGAGACACGUGGGAAAGGAGGGGCUACUCAAAAAACGCGCAAUGGCCGCAAUUGUCAAAACGCGAGAGGCCCUGGAGCAAUUCCACCGGCGCAUUAAGCGUGCACACUUCAGAAAAAAGCUGAAAUUCAUACUCAAAGACCACAGAGCAGCUAGAGCCUUCCUGCGGCCGCUUGAGAUGGCACAGUCAAGUUUAUCCCGUCGAGUCGACUGGAUGCGGAGUGCGUUGGAGACGCUGGCCAACUCGGCUGGUGAAGAAGGGGAGUUGGCGUCCAGCAUGGCGCCAGGUGUCGAGCAUGACUAG